GUUCCCUUCUCAUACGCCACCAUGUCGCGACGGCGACCCGGCGACCCCAUGGAUCAGAGCAUGGAGGAGCAGCUGGAUAUCUCGAAAUUCACUGGAAAGUUCGACGUCACAGAGUUCGUGGGCUCAGUCUCCGAGAAGCUCAUCGCGCAGUCGAAGGAGAACUCUGGACCCUUCGACCCCAAACCCUUCAUCCGGUCCUUCGAAGCGGCUGUAGACCAGCUCAUCUCGAUCCGCAAGGAUGUGCAGGCAAAGACGGAGCAGAUGGAGAAGAGUGUGCGCGUCUCGGAGCGGGAGUACUCGAAGAAGAUGGACGGCCUGAAUCGCGGGUUCGAGACAGUCGGCAACUCCUUCUCCGGCAUGGAGAGCCGCAUGAACGAAGUCAGCAGUAAUGCUAUCCGGAUUGGCGAGCAGCUGGAGACCGUGCACAUCGAGCGCCAGCGCGCGCAGGCCGCCUACGACCUCAUCGAUUUCUACAACCAGUUCACGCGCGGGGACACCACACGGCUCGACGCCAUGCGCAAGGAGGGAAGACAAGGCCGCAGGCAGGUCGCCGUUCUGCUCCGCCGCCUGAGCACCGUGGCGAAGGAGGUGGACCUGCCGACGGCGGACAAGACGCGGGAGAACAUCGAGAAGUACUGCGAGAAGUUCGAGAAGGAGAUGCUGAACUUGUUCGAUCGGUGCUAUAGGAAGGGGGAUCCGAAAAUGAUGCAUCAUUGCGCGCAGACAUUGCUGGAGUUCAAUGGCGGCUCCUCUUGCGUACAGGUCUACGUCAACCAGCAUGACUUCUUCAUCAACAACGUACGAGAGUGGAAAGACGCGGAAGACACCCAUCUAUGGGAGACCGUCUCAGACCCUGACGAAAGUCCGCCAAAGACGGAGAAAGGAUUAGGGGAGCUCUUCCAUGAGAUCCGUUCGACAGUAGAUACGGAAUCGCAGAUCGUGAAGGCCGUCUUCCCCAAUCCACCUGUCGUCAUGCAGGUCUUCCUGCAGCGUAUUUUCGCGCAAUCCAUCCAACAACACAUGGAGCAACUCCUUCAUCGCGCCACCGCCCUCUCUGACCUCGCCUAUCUUCGCGUCUUGCAGCUCGUGCAUUUACAAGCCUCAACCCUCGUCGAGGACCUCAAAACCUACGAGUUACCAAACGUUGCCCCGCGCACACCCCUCGAGUCUGGAGAAUUCCGCCGCUCCCUCCCCGCAUCCUCCAUCACAACUGGCACCUCCACCUCCAUGGUCGGCAUGCUAGAGACUGCCAUGGAAGAGCUUUUCGUCCCCUACACGGAAGGCCAGCGCUACCUCGAGCGCGAAAGUCGCAGUCUCGGUGCGCUGUACUCCGGCCUACUCGCCGACUUCACGCGGUACCACGAGAAGACGCAGAAAGGGAAGCCCACGAUGUUCGACCGUAUGGUGAACCAGCUGAGCGCCGCGGCGCAGAACUCGGGUGGUGCGACGGCGACUUCUGCGCAAACUGCCGCGGCGGCGCUGAUGCGGUUCGGUGGGAUACAGAAGGAGCAAGACAAGUCGGGCGAGGAGCCGGUGAAGGAGGAGGAUGGCGAGCUGAAGGUCGACAUCGCGGAGAAGAUGCUGAAGUGGCAUGCGGAGGCUAUCGGCCGCUGCGUUGAGUUAAGUCCGCCGAAUGAUGUGGCGAAGAACACGUUUGCGCUGCUGCGAGUACUCGCGGAGGCCAUUGGUAACGCGUACAUCGAGGCUGCCAUCGAGACUGCGCAGAACCGUCUUGAUACAGCAGACACGAAGGCAGAGCCGAGUCUCCAGCCCUUAAGCAUCCUUCGCCAGGUCGCAUUGAUUUGCCAUUUAUGGCAACAAUAUGUCAAUACUGCACUCCUCCCCCUCGCAAGCUCGUCUGUCACUACAAGGCGAGAGAUGGUCAUGUUCAACAACCAGACUAUCAGCCGAUUAGAAGGUGGCGCAAACAAUCUGCUACAGAAGGUCACCGAGUCGGUGAUCAACUGGCUGUCCCAACAGCUGCGCAAGCAGAACAAGAACGACUUCAAGCCGCGCAAUGAUGACAUCUCAUUUGCACGAGUCAACACGGAGCCGUGUGUCGCCUGCUGUGAUAUGCUAGAGAAGGUCAGAAAUGCGGCCAAGCAACAUCUGAGUGGGAAGAACCUCGAGGUCUUCCUUACUGAGGUCGGCGUGGCCUUCCAUGGCCUCCUCCUCGACCAUAUGCGCAAAUUCCCGGUGAGCGCCACUGGCGCACUCAUGCUCACCAAGGAUAUCAAGUCGUAUCAGGACGCUAUCGCAGGCUUCGGUAUUCCCGCGCUCUUCGAACGUUUCGAAUUCCUGCGGCAGCUAGGCAACAUCUACCUCAUUCCGCCCGAGACGCUCAAAUCCUACAUCACUGAGAACUACCUCGGACGGGUGGAUGCGGAGCUGCUCAAGCCAUAUCUUGCUCUACGCUCAGACUGGGGCUCCGUCGAGAAGGGCUUCGCGGCAACGCCGGGGCUGGACGGUGCGGCACCGGAGGCCGAGGAGAGCCGUAGUCGGUUCGGGAGGCUAAGUGUUAUGAUGAAGGAGCUAGAGGGCCUGAAGCUGACGGAGGGAAUCAACAUGCCGGCGAUGCCUGCUAUGCCGAGCAGUCUGACGGGGAACUUCACACUGAACUCGCUUAGUGCAUUUAGGUGAACAUGAGUAGGUAUCCUGCAUUGCAUCACAUCUUGGACACUCGUUCAGUGUACGACCCAUUGCGUGCAAGAUCCCCCGCAAUGCUUGAGACUGCCAGUAGUAUUCCGUUCUCGAUUGGUGUAAGACGUGCAAUAUGGUCAGCGCAUAACUUCCGACAUACAGAACGCCUGCAAAAUUUCGGUCCUGGUGCGCGGCACGGUUCCUUGGCAUGGACUUUCUCUGCGGAUGAGCGCCGUCGGUUUAGAGGCGUCUUGACUGCUGACAGUCUCUAAAGCCUACCGCGAAGGUCCUAAC